AACAUCGGCUGACAGCUUGUUAACGUUUCAUAAGGGGAUAGGCAUGUUGAUUUCUGAACACGUGCUUGGUGACGAGCGAAUUGCUCUGUAGCAGACGACCUUCCCGUCCCCGUGUGCUCGCAUACAGCAGAAUGUGCACGUGUAUCGUUUGCGAUUACUUUGCUUUGCGCUAACUUAUCGGCACCACGUGGCCUCCUGUAGAGCGGCGCGCUGCGAUGGGGUGGGCGUGGGCGCAACAGGUCGCGAUAUUACCCGAAGCAGUGUCCAGGUAUGUUGCCGUCGCAUCAUCUAACGUGUCGACUACUGCGACCAGGAAAUCAGUGGAAAGUAUGCAAGCUGAAAUCUUUCCGGCAGUACUCCCAAGAAGCACAAGCCAAAACUGCCAUCCUUUUGCACAACAUGGGAGACUCCCAUCACACAGAAGACGUCGCAGCUUAUCUUGAGAGGCUCUUCACUGAUGAGGACAUCAUGUCUCUUCCUUUUCAGAGUUUUCUAGGCCCGCUGAUUGCCAAGCGUAGAGCACCAAGGCUCAUGCAGAAGUACAAAGAAAUGGCUCCAGGAAAGGGCCUCUUGGAGUGGACUGAAAUGCAAGGAGCACUGCUCACCAACACGCUGGACAAGAUGUCACCUGAAACUGGACCGCACAAGUACUUCAUUGGCUUCCGUUAUUCCAAGCCACUGAUAGAGGAUGCUUUGUUGGAGAUUGAAAGAGAAGGCAUUGAGCAAGUAGUGGCCUUUUCCCAGUACCCCCAGUACAGCUGCUGCACUACUGGAAGCAACCUGAAUGCCAUGUACAGAUUCUGCAGCAAGCAACAGCUGCUCAGCAAAGCAAAAUGGAUCUUCAUUGACCGAUGGCCUGUUCACAAUGCCAUCACUCAGGCUUAUGCAGACAUAAUUAAAGAAGAGCUCAAGAAGUUUCCUGAGGAAGUCCGACAACAAGUAGUUCUUCUGUUUUCUGCACACUCUCUUCCAAUGAAGGUUGUGGACAGAGGAGACACAUAUCCAGCUGAGGUAGCUGCCACUGUGGUCAGCAUUAUGAGCAAGCUGAACAACAGCCACCCUUAUCGCUUGGUGUGGCAAUCCAAGGUUGGCCCCAUGCCUUGGCUCAGUCCCAAGACUGAGGAAGCCAUGCAUGCUCUGGUGAAGGAAGGCCACCGGCACGUGAUGGUGGUGCCAGUGAGCUUCGUGAACGAGCACGUGGAGACACUUUACGACAUGGACGUCGAACUGGGAAGGGAGCUGGCACCUGAGAUUGGAGUGCUGAAUUUCAUUCGUGCGCCAGCCUUGAAUGAUCACCACGUAUUCAUCCAGGGCAUAGCUGAUUUAGUGAAGGAACACCUGGUACUCAAACAAAAAUGUUCUCCACAGCUCCUCAUGAGGUGUCCCAUGUGCCCAAAUGAUGCAUGUAAGAACAUGCGGAGGUGGAUUGAGACAUUGCCUUGACUGACAUUCCAUGUUGUCUUUACUGCAGAAAAGAAGCUCACAUGUGCAGAAGCGUUAUGAAGUCACUGAGCAUAUGAUAGUUAAGGUGCAAUGACAACAACAAAAAAAAAAAGUGUUCCAGUACAUUAUGGUCACUUCAAAGAUGCUAGACCACAGCCAUGUUUAUUCUAGCAUUGACGUGGUGCUCAAUAGUGUUGGCUGCUUACAGCCUCGGCAAUGCUCAAACACUGCUUUUAUGGUGAUAUGAUGAUGACCUCAAGAAAUAUGGUGCAAACCCAGUGUGGGGGUAUGGCCAAGUAUUAGCGGCACGAGGAAAUUAGAUUUAAAAUAUCAUAUAAAUUAAAUCCGAAACCUUUGUGUGCAGUCCAAGCUGCACUGUGGCAAAUCUUCAUUGUCCUUGUCUUCUGACUUGAUAAACAUCAGUACAGUGCCAUCAACGUUCAUUAUAAAAAGCUUGUUAAAUGAUUUAGUUGCUUCAGUGUGAGGCUGCCACUACUACCAAGAAAAAAAAAUGUGCAUUUUUCUCCAAUUUAUUUUCAUUUGUGCAAUUCAUAUUUGCAUUUUCCACACUGCUAAAAAUCCUCUUUGGGAUUUUAUCAAUAAGUAAAAUAGAGGUCUGCUGCUUGCAUAUUUUUUGUUACUCUGUCAAAAAUUUUGUUCCACGCACAAAGCUCUUCCUUGCUAUUAAUGCUACCAAGUAUUAUUAGUGCAUUGUAAUCUCUGCAUUAUUGUGCAUCCAGCUUUUAUUUCUUGCCAUAUAAAGUUUAUGUCACUGCAAAUAAACCAUCAGUUGAUGACAACUAU